ACUUCCGCUACGGGAACUCCUGACUGCCUCUGAACCGGCUUGACAGGCGCGGUCCUCCCAAGUUGUUCUCGCUCUUUCGCCUACCCGGCUCCAGCCUCAAACUCGCUUGCUGCCGCUGUCCCGCAGCUUCUGUCUCGGAAGCCGCCCCUUCCCCAUGUUCCGGGGCAGGAGUUCUGAACGUGAAGACCCAGUCGCCGGUAUCCCAUCAUGUCCGAACUGACUAAAGAGCUGAUGGAGCUGGUGUGGGGCACCCAGAGCAGCCCGGGUCUCUCUGACACCAUCUUCUGUCGCUGGACGCAAGGAUUUGUGUUUAGUGAAUCAGAGGGAUCUGCAUUAGAACAGUUUGAAGGCGGCCCCUGUGCUGUUAUUGCACCUGUUCAGGCAUUUCUUUUGAAGAAGCUCCUGUUUUCUUCUGAGAAGUCUUCUUGGAGGGAUUGCCCAGAGGAAGAGCGGAAGGAGCUCCUUUGUCAUACCUUAUGUGAUAUUUUAGAAAGUGCUUGUUGUGACAACUCUGGAUCAUACUGCUUGGUUUCAUGGUUAAGAGGAAAGACAACUGAAGAAACUGCUAGUAUUUCUGGGAGUCCUGCAGAGUCUAGCUGCCAAGUGGAACAUUCUUCUGCCUUGGCUGUGGAAGAGCUUGGCUUUGAGCGAUUUCAUGCAUUAAUUCAAAAAAAGUCAUUCAGAAGUUUAUCAGAAUUAAAAGAUGCUGUCUUGGAUCAGUAUUCAAUGUGGGGAAACAAAUUUGGAGUAUUGCUUUUUCUCUAUUCUGUGUUACUGACAAAGGGCAUCGAAAACAUAAAAAAUGAAAUUGAAGAUUCAACUGAACCUUUGAUUGAUCCUGUAUAUGGACAUGGCAGCCAAAGUUUAAUUAACCUCCUGCUGACGGGACAUGCUGUUUCUAAUGUAUGGGAUGGUGAUAGAGAAUGCUCAGGAAUGAAGCUUCUUGGAAUACAUGAACAAGCAGCAGUAGGAUUCUUAACAUUAAUGGAAGCUUUAAGAUACUGUAAGGUUGGUUCUUACUUGAAAUCUCCAAAAUUCCCUAUUUGGAUUGUUGGCAGUGAAACUCACCUCACCGUAUUUUUUGCCAAGGAUAUGGCUUUAGUUGCCCCUGAGGCUCCUUCAGAACAAGCCAGGAGAGUUUUUCAAACCUAUGAUCCAGAAGAUAAUGGAUUCAUACCUGAUUCACUUCUAGAAGAUGUGAUGAAAGCACUGGACCUUGUUUCAGAUCCUGAAUAUAUAAAUCUCAUGAAGAAUAAAUUAGAUCCAGAAGGAUUAGGAAUCAUCUUACUGGGUCCCUUUCUUCAAGAAUUUUUUCCUGAUCAGGGCUCCAGGGGUCCAGAGUCUUUUACUGUCUACCACUACAAUGGACUGAAACAAUCAAAUUAUAAUGAAAAGGUCAUGUAUGUGGAAGGGACUGCAGUUGUUAUGGGAUUUGAAGACCCCAUGCUACAGACAGAUGACACUCCUAUUAAACGCUGUCUCCAAACCAAGUGGCCAUAUAUUGAAUUACUCUGGACCACAGAUCGCUCCCCUUCCCUGAACUAAUUCCCCUAAGUUAUAAAAGGAAGAUUGUAAUAGCAGAUGUUCAGAGAGGGAUGCAAGACUGGUAACUGGCUACAUUAAGCUCGACACUGUGGUAUCACUCACUGAUUAACAAACACACUGUUGAAGAUAUGAUUAAAUUCUUUUUAGAACUUCCCUGUUUACUAGCAAAAUUAAACUUUAACCAAAGUUCACUACCUUUAUAGUCAGAUAAUUGGUUCAUUAAAUUACAAACAUAAUACUUGUAUAUGAAGUACUAGAACUGCUUUUUCUAAACGUUGGGUUUUAUUUGAUUCACACACAUUCUAUUGUCUAAAUGAUUCUACCUUGCCAUAGAUAGCAGCCCCCAUGCUGAAAUGCAGAAAAGUUAGUUUGUUGUUUUUUUCUAAAAUCUGGUUUCCAUUAUAAGUCUUCAUGGCAAAUUAUUAACCUAGAUCCUUUCAGUUGACUUAGUAGCUCUGGCAUGCUUAUAAAGACAGGGACUAUAAGGGAAUAUUACCAUUUAUUCAGAUAUAGACAUAUUUUUAAAAAUAAUCAGCAUCUGUUUGCUAGUCUUAACACUGUUAACUUUCACUGUAUUGCCAAAUACACUUUUCCAGAUUUAUCCCAAUAGCCAGCUUUCUUGUAUACUUAUAAAUGUGGUAAUAAGUGCAUGGAGACAUCUGUUGUUACACGAGUAUACUGCAUUAUUUAUUAUGAUCCUAGUGGAUGGCUUAAAUAAACACUUUUUUCUUUA